UAUAUAUUAAUAAAUAAUAUAAUUACAUAUAUUUAUAUUAAUUAGGAGUUACUAAAUAAACAAAAUUCUACCUGUACAUUUCUUGUUAUGCUUUUAUAGUCCAAAGUUAAAUAUAGACACAUCUUAAUUUGAUUUUAUGAUAAAUCCUGAUGUUAAUAUGACAAUAUAAGGUAAACAAUAACGGUUAAUUUGAAGUUAUUAUAGUAUUUAUUGUUCUUUUUUUCUUGUCAGAACCUCUAACUGAAUUUAACAACCGUGUAUGCGUGGGUGGACCUAGCUCUAUCAGCUGAUUCAUUCAGUAUCGACCGAACCAAUAGAAGGUAUAGUAGCUAAGGUGUACAGUUAUGUUAAGUUGACCUUAGAGUCUGAUCAUCAUGUAUUUACACGUAUCAUCAUAUCUACUACUUACUAUGACCUUCUGUUGUGGAAGAUCGGUGCGCUUAUUUUUGGAUAAAAACUCUGACGAAGAUAUGAUACCGGCUAUCCUAUCUGAGUUUAAUAAACAUAUAAGGAUGGUUACAUUCAGCAGACAACCGAGAAGAAUUAAUUCUAAUCAUGAAAGUAACUCCUCAAAUUACGACGUACCGGUAAUAGAGUGCCCACCCGCUCCAGACGGAAUGCAGAAAAUUCCAUGUCCGAAACCGAAUAAAAAUGGACGUUAUAUCUGCGUGGAUAAUCGUGUAAUAUGCGAUGGAUUUGUUGAUUGCCCCAAUGCUGAUGAUGAAGAUAGAAUGUCCUGCAUGUUUUAUAAAACGAUCACAUUUCAUUUGGAUGUAUUGGCACAUGCCAUGUUAAGAUGGGAAUGGUAGUUCGAAAAAUUUUACUUUUCUGCUUCUGUGUUACUAAAAAGUUACAUCAACUCAUUUAUUAUAUCAAAAAUCAGCAUUAUUAAC